UAAAACCGCAAUCCUCGUUUCCUCUGAAAUUCCCAUCCCCGCCGCAUUAGGGCUCAAAGAUCAGAUUUUUCACUGGGAGACGAUGGCGGAAAGCGGAGCGAACAUGGCGAACUACGACCUGACCCCUCGCAUCGCGCCAAACCUGGACAGGCAUCUCGUGUUUCCCAUGCUCGAGUUCCUUCAAGAGCGUCAGCUGUAUCCCGAUGAUCAGAUCCUUAAGUGGAAGAUCGAGCUUUUGAACAAGACCAACAUGGUAGACUACGCCAUGGAUAUCCACAAGAGCCUCUACCACACCGACGACGCUCCCCAAGAUAUGGUGGAGAGGAGAGCGGAGGUUGUGGCGAGGCUCAAAUCUCUGGAGGAGGCGGCUGCUCCUCUGGUGGCUUUUCUUCAGAACCCUAAUGCCGUUCAGGAACUGAGGGCGGACAAGCAGUACAAUCUCCAAAUGCUGAAAGAGCGAUAUCAGAUUGGUCCAGAGCAGAUCGAGGCUUUGUACCAGUAUGCCAAGUUUCAGUUUGAAUGUGGGAACUACUCGGGGGCUGCUGAUUAUCUUUACCAGUAUAGGACCUUGUGCACCAACAGUGAAAGAAGUCUGAGUGCAUUGUGGGGAAAGUUUGCUUCAGAAAUAUUGAUGCAAAACUGGGACAUCGCACUUGAAGAACUCAACCGCCUUAAAGAAAUCAUUGACUCUAAGAGUUUCUCAUCUCCAUUAAACCAGGUGCAGAGUAGAAUAUGGUUGAUGCACUGGAGUCUCUUCAUCUUUUUUAACAACGAUAAUGGAAGGACUCAGAUCAUUGACUUUUUCAACCAAGACAAGUAUCUAAAUGCCAUCCAAACAAGUGCUCCUCACCUUCUGCGAUACCUAGCUACUGCUUUUAUUGUCAACAAAAGAAGAAGGCCUCAAUUCAAAGAAUUCGUUAAGGUUAUCCAACAAGAGCAGUACUCUUACAAGGAUCCCAUCAUUGAGUUCCUGGCAUGUAUCUUUGUGAAUUAUGACUUUGAUGGCGCUCAAAAGAAAAUGAAAGAGUGUGAAGAUGUCAUUGUGAACGACCCUUUCCUGGGAAAGCGAGUAGAAGACGGAAACUUUUCGACCAUACCAUUGAGGGAUGAGUUCCUUGAAAAUGCCCGUUUAUUCAUCUUCGAGACCUAUUGCAGAAUUCAUCAGCGAAUUGAUAUGGGGGUGCUUGCCGAGAAAUUGAAUCUAAACUAUGAGGAUGCUGAGAGAUGGAUUGUGAACCUUAUCCGCACCUCAAAGCUGGAUGCCAAGAUCGAUUCUGAGUCUGGAACCGUAGUCAUGGAGCCAAAUCAACCCAACAUACACGAGCAGUUGGUAGCCCACACCAAAGCCUUGUCUGGACGAACUUACAAGUUAGUCAGUCAGCUCUUGGAACAUGCCCCAGCGCAGACUGCUCGAUGAGGUACUUGUCCAACCAAACUGGAGUUUUGUCUUCUGCUUAGCAUCUUUGAUUUAUUCCCAAGUUUUCCUUUGGCAUGUUAAGAUCACUUCUAUCAAGUUUUAACUUUGGAUUGAAAUUACAGUCUUGGAGAUCCUUUAUGCUUACUGCUUAGAGAGUUCUUCAUUUAAUGUUGGAGUCCUUCAUGUAUAAGAGAAUUCUGUUUCACCCGCCUGAAUUACCCUUUUGUCAAGCUCCAUGAGAGUGUGUACACCUGUAAAGAUCUCUUGCCAAUCCUCCAA